ACCUGGGUUACAAAAAAGCAGCAGCUCUUGCCUCUCCUGGCUGCUCACGAGCACUGUCCUCAUUCUCCCCCAAAACAAGCAAAAAAUAACACUUCGGACCCCCUCUCUGUCAUCUCUGAAUGAGUAUUUGCCCUAUAGUGUAAGGCUGAGAUAAAGCACGCCAACCUACCGAGUACAACUGCUCUGCUUUGGACCGUGACCCCUUCCCCAGCCCUGCACCACUAUAGCCGUAACCAUGGACCGCAUGGAGCUGAAGAAAGUCUGCACGGAGGCAGACGAUGACAGCACAGACAGUUUGGACGACCGCUUCACAGAGCCCAUCGACUCAGAGAAGGCCACCAUCAACAGUCACUUCCUGGAUGAGGAUGGAGACGCAGAGAGCCACAAGUUUCUCACUAAUGGGAUUAUGAAGAAGAAGAAGUAUGAGGAGUAUCAAGAAGAAUACCACCCAGGACAUACCUCCUUUGGUAUGUCGGUCUUCAACCUGAGUAAUGCAAUCAUGGGCAGCGGCAUCCUAGGUCUCUCCUACGCCAUGGCCAACACUGGCAUUGUGCUUUUUGUAGUCCUUCUCUUGGGUGUGGCCAUCUUGUCGUUGUACUCCGUUCACUUGCUGCUAAUGACUGCAAAAGAAGGAGGCUCUCUCAUCUAUGAAAAGUUGGGAGAGCGAGCUUUUGGCUGGCCGGGGAAAAUGGCUGCGUUUGGAUCGAUAACCCUUCAAAAUAUUGGUGCCAUGUCCAGCUACCUCUUCAUUGUAAAGUAUGAGCUGCCAGAAGUGAUCCGUGCCUUCAUGGGACUAGAGCAGAGCUCUGGUGAAUGGUACAUGAACGGAAACUACCUGGUUGUGUUUGUGUCUAUCGGUAUCAUCCUGCCUCUCUGCAUACUCAAAAACCUGGGCUACCUUGGCUACACCAGUGGAUUCUCCCUAUCCUGCAUGGUGUUUUUCCUGGGAGUGCUGAUCUAUAAGAAGUACAACCUCCCCUGCCCGAUGCCCUUCAUGUACCAUCAUACCAACCACAGUAUGAAUGGAACAGCCCUGGGGCCCCACGCCCUGCACAACGGCACCGUCCUCAUGGACUUCUCCAGAGCUGACAUGUCCCCCGCCUCCUACCUGGACGACCACCACACCUCAGGGGUCCGCUUCGAACCACACCCCGACGACGUGGAGGAGAUGUGCACGCCCAAGUACUUUGUGUUCAACUCUCAGACUGCUUACACUGUUCCCAUCCUGGCCUUCUCCUUUGUGUGCCACCCUGAAAUUCUACCCAUCUACAGUGAACUCAAAGAUCGCUCCCGGAGAAAGAUGCAGAACGUGUCCAACCUGUCCAUCCUGGCCAUGCUGGUCAUGUACAUGUUCUCAGCACUGUUCGGCUACCUCACUUUCUAUGGAAACGUGGAGGCGGAGUUGCUCCACACCUUCACCAAGGUGUAUAAGUUUGACACCAUGCUCCUGCUGGUCCGUCUGGCUGUCCUGACCGCUGUCACCCUGACUGUCCCCAUUGUCCUGUUCCCUAUCCGUUCCUCAAUCAAUACGCUGCUGUUCAGCCAACGGGAGUUCAGCUGGGUGCGUCACAUGCUCAUCGCCGCCUUCAUCCUCAUGUUCAACAACCUGCUGGUCAUCUUCGUCCCCACCAUCAGAGACAUCUUCGGCUUCAUCGGCUCCUCUGCAGCCACCAUGCUCAUCUUCAUCCUCCCUGCUGCCUUCUAUCUACGCCUGGUCAAGUCUGUGCCGAUGCGCUCCGUGCAGAAGAUCUCGGCGGCCAUUUUCCUGGUGGUGGGCAUCAUCUUCAUGUUCAGCAGCCUGUCGCUCAUCGUGAUGGACUGGAUCCACAACCCUCCCGGCUCCGGCAGUGGUCACUAAGACGACCCCCCUUACCUCCACCUCCACCCCCUCUCACCUCAAACCCCCUCCCCUGUCUGUGCCUUGGGGGUAAGGUCACCGGGCCCGGGGGGUGCCCCCACACAUCACCUACAGACUGAGUACGUCAGCGUACUGUAAAGGGGCGGUUCGCUUUUCUCAACCCCCACCCCUUUCCACAAAGUAUUACUGGAUGGGACUACGUUCUACGACUGAAACAGACUCUUUUAAGUUCGUUAUUCUUUUUCUUUCUUGUUGUUGUUGGAUGGUUUAGUUCUGUAGAAUCCUCCACAACAGGGGCUCGCCGAAAGGACACAAAGUAAUCAAGGUGGACGGUCAGAAACGGGAGAAAAGACGCCAGACGGCUGCGGCUGUUGCUGCGCGCCCUGCCGUAGUUGUCUAGAUAGCCCAUCAUCUCUACUCUGUGAUAUUCCCUGAGAAGAGGAAAAAUACGAGCAGGGACCUCAACCAUUAAACUGUCAAGAGAACGAGAGCUGAUCUGAGAGCUGCCACUAUUGGAGCUGGUUGUGACUGCAGGCGUGGCUUCAGCGCCAUGGGCUCUGCACACUUGAAGAUUAGAGAGAGAGAGAGAGAGAGAGGUGGGAUAAGGGUUCAAAAACAAAGAGCACUUUUAGCAUAUGUUUCAAGUUUUAAUGUAUUUUUAACACAUCCAGACACACAAAAAACACACACACACAUACAGCACGCCAUCUACACUAAUUGGAGCUAUUUUGCUUACUGUCAAAAUGUAUUUUUGUACACCUAGGUGGAGUAAGAAAAGUCGAUGUAACGGUACAUAUGACAGGUGUAGUAUCUUUUUCCAAAUUAGAGCCUGGAAAAGGUUCUUCUGAGGGAUAUUUGUAAAUUAGGUUUGGUAAAGUAGUUUAAUGAUUUGUACCCAUUGAUUCUUGAAAAAUAUAACUUAUAAAUGCCUCAAGAGCUUAGUUUAACCGUCGUACCCCAUCAGAUCCCAAAAUAUAUGAUUAGUUUACUCCAAUGUUUGUAAACCAUGUAAACAAUAUAUAGCCUCAAAACAUGGUUAAAGCCAUCAUUUUGAUAUCAUGGAAGGUCAGUCCUUGCAUCCUUAUAUCUCAACCUUAAGCUUUUUCCAGAACAGCCGGGGACUACACUUUGUUAUUGCUUCAACUGCUGAUUGCCCCUUUAAGUUCAAUAUGGGUCAUAAUGUCAAAUGUGGAAAAGAUUAGAGAAAUGAAAUGCAUCCACUGUUACUUAGCAGGCUUAUCAUUUGGUGAUGUUUAUACCAGCAAUUUGUUUAUGCCAGAUUGCUGCUGAUAGUAGAGUUAACAUAAACAGUAUGUGUUUAUUACUGUAAUUGUGACUAUUGUUACUGUAAUUUACAUCAUUUCAACAGACCAUCGUGUCUUAAAAUGCACUAAUUAAUUAACACCACGAUAAAGGAAUUUCAAAAUGUUGAGCAAAUUGUGCCGUGCUGAAAAAACAUUAGCAGUUUGCAUUCGAAGCAUAGAAUACCUGUUUUCUAAGGUGUUAAAGCGGAUGCUUUUUCUGAAUGGAUCCAGCCAGAAUGGACAACAUUUACAGAUCCUUUGUGGAUCUACAUAUGCAUGAAACAAAUUGAUAUUUCAAAUGAAAUGCUAUGUAAUGUGUAUGUUUUGGAUUACAAACAUGGUCUUUUCUGACAACUUGUAUAUGCUUUGUAAAUAAUCUUAUUAUAUGGUACUCACUGAAUUAUGUGUGUGGGGGGUUGUAAGGGAUUUUACCAGAAGUCUUCUACGAUGUUAUUUUAGUAUUCAAUGUUUUUGAUUUUGCUAUAUGAUGAUAUUUCUUUCUUUUAUGGAAGCUUGUACAUUUGUAGAAAAUCUCUAUCCCUUUUCAUUUCUUUAUAGUUACAUAUCUGGAGGACCUAGACCUUGAAUUAAUGAAUGGUUUUGUUGUUAAUGUUGUCUGAUGCCUCAGUCCUACAGGGGCUGCAGGGUCCAAGUAGAAUGUCAGUGUUGAUGUCUUGCGAGACUUGGGUAGAUAUUGCCUAUGUUGAGCUGAAGUAUUUGAUUCAUGCCAUGCGGGUGGGUGCGCUGUCAAAAGAUCAAUGACGUUCAGAUCACUUGCUUUUAGUAAGAACCACCCUACAGUCACAUUUGAGAUGCGGUCCGCAUCAAUAGGGGCUGCUGGGUCUUUGCUGAAAUUCCUCCUGAGCCUCAGUUACGACAAAAACCUUACUAUUGUGUGAGAAUGCAGAAACCAAUCGUUGCCUUUAAUAAUUGCAAACUUCAGUUCAUCUAGGGAGCAAACCUUAGGGUCAGGCACGGCACCAGAUGUAAGACCGUCAUACAGUGAUAUUCUCCUUUUUUUCUCUCCCAAUGAAGGACCAGAGCGGAGACCACAGAUGUUGGGGUCUCAGACACUCAAGAAUUGGGUUGGGGGGGGGGGAUCUUUCAGCGCUAUGCCCUCAAUAUCACUCAGGUACAAUGUCCUCGCCCUCUGUUAUGAAGCAUACUUUAGACUGUCGUAGCAUGACAUGCUAUAGUCACGACAGCUGACUUUAAUAUACGUUAAAUGACCAAACACUGGCAUGCAAACUGCGUGUCAUGCGUUUGACAAUGCAAAGUAGGCUUCAUGCCAGAGGGUUUAAGUAAUGUGUUACCCCAAAACCAUCUGCCUUAUCUGUAACCUGGCCUGAAAGAAGCACUGGGUCAGCAUCAGUGUCCUGCCGUUCAGUGUCUGCUUCCUGUGGAUCAACUAACAUUCAAAUUGUAUAUUUGCCUGAACAAAGGGGAUUUUUGUAUCAGAGAAGCUGUUUCAAUGUCAUGUAACAUGAACAAUAAAAAUGUGAAAUAAA